UAAAAUCCUAAAUUUAUUCUAAAAUCUAAAGUUUUCUUUCACAUUUAUAAAAAACAAAAAAAAAACAAAAAACAAUAUAAAAAAACGAAAUUAUUGCUUUGAAACCACGAAAUUCAAAAUUUUAACGCAUCUCCAGCUACUGACUAAGUAGUCGGCAUUCAUAUUUGAAAUUACUUGAAUAAGUAUUAAAAAUGAUGCUCUUCCGCACGAUUGGCAAUAAUCUCUUACAAACCAUUAGAACUGCAACAGUUUCAGAUUCUCUGACAUGUUCUCUGGUACGUUCAUUGACCACGAAGUCCCAACAUCCGGGAUAUCGCUCUAAGUGUGCUUCCGAAGAGCCCAGGUGUAGCGAAAAGAGUCUUCAAGAAAAGAAAGACAAAGGCGAAUGUGAAACGAAUAAGCGUCCAUCUAUGUGGCUAAACCCAGAAUGUUGUCUGGAUCCAUGUCCUGACAUAAUGCCGCGUUUCGAUGAUCUCUACUACAAACCGUCCGAUAAAGCAAAGCGUAAGUAUACGCAGACCUGGAACGAAUGUCCGGAUAUCAAAAUAGCGCCAAAAAAGAUUUGUUGUUUUCAAAAAGUUAAAUUGCCACCGAUGGAGAAACGUAAGAAGACUGACUGUCCGAAAACAGCCUGUGCACACAUAACCAAGGAGGACCCAAGAUCCUGUGCAAAAGGGAAUAAGCGUUGUGUAAAAAUUCGUUUGCCUUGCUGUCUACGAGCACGUGACCCACCCAAAUGUAGUGUUAAUAAAUCACCAGCCAACUGCCGCAAGAUUUGUACGCCGUACCCAGCAUUUUCUGAAUGCAAGAAACCCAAGGCGAGACUAAUACGUCCGAUCGAGUGUACUUGUCUAUAUGUGGGUCCAAUUUGUCCAUGAAAUUAGCGCAACAAUUAAAGAUAUGGAACAUAUUUUUGCACGAUGAAUGCUUGAUGUUUAGCGACUGUUAGGAUUGCUAAUAUGACGUAUGUGGGUGUGCACCGAAAGUUCUUAUCUGGAGGAUUGCCCAACUCCAUUGAAAGUUUCAUCUUUCAGUUACUUGCUUGAAGCUGAUCAUGACAUUGAAAGCUGAAAUUAUUCAAGCAGAUUAUUGAGUUGACGAAAAAGGCAAAUGAAAAACUGCAUUAAAAUUACAAAACAAAAAAACAAGUUCAACCAUUCAGUCCGGUUUCUAAAUCAUUUCCAAACACAAAAAGCUAUGUAAAUAUGUAUAUGCGAAAGAAUGGGAAACGCUAAAUUACAUAGAUAAUAUCAAGAAGCCACAAUGAAGUGAUGUUUGCCUACUUAUCUUCUUAGAGUACAGUAAUAGAUUUCCAGACGUCAGCAUGCUCGGGUACCAAAACUCGAUACAGGUCUAGCGCUCUAAAAUCUACGGGUAUACAUCUACAAAUCUGGUUGCUAAAAUUUUCACCACAUGAGAGGCUAGCAAGAUCAGAGCCAGCACUGUGCUACAAUAAUCAACAAUCAACUUUUUUUGUUAUACAGGAAAAAUUUCAUAAACACGAGAAACUGUAGAAUUUAUGUAGUAAUACUGAAACUCUGUUCUUCAUUUUCACAUCAACAAAAACUUUUAAAUGGCUUAAAAAUUUCAAAAACCAAAUCCUUAGUUUCCAUUUUCAUAUUUAAUUUUAAAUUCAAAACAUACAAUUUUUGGCAAAUUUUCUUUUAUCAAUUUUUAUUUUUUUAAGUUUU